CGAACGCGCCGGGGCGCAUGAGUGGCCACUGGGAGGCAAGCGGCCGUCGUCGCCCCCCCCGCGUCCGGCCUUGGGCCGCGGGAGAAAAUGUCUUUGCGCAUCGCGCUGGCGGCGGGCAACGAGCGCAAUUCCGAGCCGCACCAGCGCUGCCCGGUGGUGACCCUGGAGCCUGCCCCCCUACCGGUGACGCCGCCGCUGUCUCCCCAGCCCUCCACCCUGGCCAGCAGCCGCUCCGAAAAGGGCUCCUCAUGGUCCAGCCGCUCGCUUGGCGCCCGAUGCCGCAAUUCCAUCGCCUCCUGCCCCGACGAGCAGCCCCACAUCGGCAACUACCGGCUGCUCAAGACCAUUGGCAAGGGCAACUUUGCUAAGGUCAAGCUGGCCCGACACAUCCUGACGGGCAGGGAGGUGGCUAUCAAAAUAAUCGACAAGACGCAGCUCAAUCCAACAAGUCUCCAGAAGCUCUUCAGAGAAGUCAGGAUCAUGAAGGGACUGAAUCACCCCAAUAUUGUGAAACUCUUUGAGGUGAUUGAGACGGAGAAGACCCUCUACCUGGUGAUGGAGUAUGCCAGCGCCGGAGAAGUUUUCGAUUACCUGGUUUCCCAUGGCCGCAUGAAGGAGAAAGAAGCCCGGGCCAAGUUCAGGCAGAUUGUCUCGGCUGUGCAUUACUGUCACCAGAAGAAUAUUGUACACAGAGACCUGAAGGCGGAAAAUCUGCUGCUGGAUGCGGAUGCCAACAUUAAAAUAGCGGACUUUGGCUUCAGCAACGAAUUCACGCUCGGCUCCAAGCUGGACACCUUCUGCGGAAGCCCCCCCUAUGCCGCCCCGGAGCUCUUCCAGGGCAAGAAGUACGACGGGCCGGAGGUGGACAUCUGGAGCCUUGGGGUCAUUCUGUACACCCUGGUCAGUGGCUCCCUGCCUUUUGAUGGGCAGAACCUCAAGGAGCUGCGGGAGCGCGUGCUGCGUGGCAAGUACCGUGUCCCCUUCUACAUGUCCACGGACUGCGAAAACAUCCUGAGGCGCUUCCUGGUGCUGAAUCCUGCCAAGCGCUGCACCCUGGAGCAAAUAAUGAAGGACAAGUGGAUCAACAUCGGCUAUGAAGGAGACGAGCUGAAGCCUUACCGAGAACCUGAGGAGGAUUUUGCGGAUGCCAAGCGCAUAGAGGUCAUGGUGGGCAUGGGCUACAGCCGGGAGGAGAUCAAGGAGGCCCUGGCCAACCAGAAGUACAAUGAGGUCACAGCCACCUACCUGCUGCUGGGCAGGAAGAACGAGCAGGUGGAAGCGGGGGAGUCCCGUACAGGCAGCAGCCUCUCGCUGGCCCGAACACGGCCACCCAGCGAGGUCUCCAACGGCACCAGCAAGUCCUCCUCACACGCUAAGGGCCAACGGAGCUCCUCCACAUACCACCGGCAACGGCGGCACAGCGAUUUCUGUGGCCCUUCCCCCACCCCCCUGCACCCCAAGCGGAGCCCCACCAGCACCGGGGAUGGGGAGCUGAAGGAGGAGCGCAUGCCCUCGCGCAAGGCCAGCUGCAGCGUGGUGAGCAGCGGCCGGGGGGGCCUCCCGCCCUCCAGCCCCAUGGUGAGCAGCGCAAACAACCCCAACAAAUCGGAGAUCCCCGACCGGCGCAAGGACAGUGCGGUCAACACGAAUAACAUCCCGUCCAGUAUGAUGACCCGGCGGAACACCUAUGUCUGCACGGAGAGGCCUGGGGGCGACCGCCACUCCCUGCUCCAGAACGGGAAGGAGAACAGCUCAGGUGCCAGUCGGGUGCCGCCGGCCUCCCCCUCCAGCCACAGCAUCGCCACCUCCUCCUCCUCCUCCGACCGCACCAGGCUCUCUCGCGGCACCAACAUCCGCAGCACCUUCCACGGGGGCCAAGUGCGGGACCGACGUGGCACCGGUGUGCAGAACGGGCCGCCCCCCUCUCCCACCCUCUCCCACGAAGCCCCCACUCUGCCUCAGAGCCGCAGCCGGGCCACCUCCAACCUGUUCAGCAAACUGACCUCGAAGCUCACACGGAGGGUCGCAGACGAACCUGAGAGAAUCAGGGGACCUGCGCUCACAAGUUGCAAUCUACCUUGGCAUCAAAAGGAAGCAGAACCCCGGCUGCUCCGAUUUACCUGGAAUGUGAAGCUGACCAGCACCCGCUCCGCCGAGGCCAUCCUGGCCGCCCUCUGCCAGGCCACGGACUCUGCCAACUGCUGCCGCCGCCAGACGGAGCCCUUCGUCCUCUCCUGCACCCAUGGGAAGAGCGCCAAUGAGCACUUCUGCUGCUUCGAGGUGGAGGUCUGCCGGCUGCAGCGGCUGGGGGGGUUGCACGGGGUGCUCUUCCGGCGCCAGGCUGGCACCUCCCUGGCCUUCCGCAGUCUGGUGGCCAAAAUCACAGACCAGCUGCAACUCUAGGGUGGCCCAGCCUGCUCCGUGCAUUGACUGACCCCCCAGGCUGGGGAGCCAUGCGGGGGAGGACGUGACCCCGGGGCCUCCCAGCCUCCCUCCGGGGGCCCAGGCGGUCCUUGGACCCACCUCUGCUGCCAGUGGGACCAGCUGCUGCCUGCCAGCCUGUCAGUGGUGCUAGGAGGGGCACAGGGGGAGGACAGGAGGGAGGGGAGAAUAAGGGGGGCUGGCAGGGAAGGGCGCUGGCCCCUUCUCUGGCCCCUAAUUGGGUGAGGGAAAGGCUAGCUGGCCUUCCCUUUCCCGAGUCACAUGGGGGGAACUGCAGGCGAGGCUCAGAUGCGCCCCCUGCUUCAUCCAUUGUACAAAGGGGACCCCUGCCCAUUGUGCUGUGGCCACCAGCCAUGACCCUUUCACUCGCCACCUCAUUGCCAUCCAGACUCCAGGAGCCAAAGCGCUUUCAUUUCCCAAAAUGGAGGGGGAGCGGUUUCGGGGCUUGCCCAUAGAGUGUCCUGCCUCCCUUUCCUGGCACCCACAAAGGAUCAUACACAAACACACACACACAUCCUGGGCUCCACUCUGGCUGGAGAACUGGCGAGAAGAGCUGCUGCCCCCAGGAAUUCAAACAUCCUCCAGGAUAAAGGGAACUAGUGCGGUCUGGGUCAGCGGGGGAGGGGUUGGGCAGGGGAAUAGAGCAGAGUAGUUCAACUGAGCCAGGAAGGGCCACCCGACUGGCAAAGGGGUCUGGGUCUUCGCAGUACUAUAUCCAGCCUUGCCUUCAGUGGCAGCACCAUUCGCACCCGACUGGGCAGGCAGCUGUGCCCUCGGGCAGUUUGGGCACCGGAGGUCCUCCUGCCCAAAGGCCUGUGGGCCAGAAGCUUUGCUUUGCUGGCUGAGGAAUUCUGGGAGGUGAAGUCCACAAGUCUAAAAGUUGCCAAGGUUGGAGACCCGUGCUCUAUAUUUUCUUAUCUGGAGGGCUUCGGAGCUUUUCAUAGGCAGUAAAGCAUUUGGCUCCACUUAACCUGAUGCCAGGAAUAGCUUUACCAGCUAAGUUGAUGCCAUCUGUAGGACUCUUUAAGGGUAAAAUUCAACAAGAGCAGCGGGCAGCAGGCAGAACUCUCAUGUCUCCAUGCAGACCUCGUGACCGGACUAAGAACCAAGUCUGAAGCUUGAAGAAAGUGGAGCCAGGACCCCACUCGGAAGGGGCUGGUCCUCCUGAGUGGGUGGAGGGGCCAGGAGUCAGUCACCUUGACGGCUGCUGGCCAUCUCACUGGAGUGGGCACGAGUUGGUGAUGCUGAGUGCCCAAGAAGCUCUGCUUCAGUGCAGCAGGAAGCCCAUGCUGGAUGGCAGGUUGGCACCUCUCAGCCCUGAGAGUUUGGGGCCCAGCAGCGAGGAGGAGCCGUGGAGGGGGACUGGCAUAGCGGGUGGCACAGCUGCCAGGUGCCCUGGGCAUGGGCAGGGUGGAGCUGUUUGGCCAGGAUAAGUGGGCGGACAGGCAGAGACACAGCUGCUGAUGGGAGAGUUGGCCACUCCAGUGGGGAAAGCUGCAAUGCCCCGCUCCCUCCUUCCCCCCCCCCGGCUUUCCUUUGUUUACUGGGUGCCCCUGCUGUGACUUCCCCCCUCCCCUCAAAUCUGGCCUCUUGGGUGCCCCCCACUCUGUACAAACCCCCUGUAAAUAAUAGUCCCUUAGCCCCGUAUCACUGGGUAGAGAGAUUAAGCGCCACCUUUUCACCUCUGGACGAUGUAAGUUAUUCCGGCCCCAAAUGAUGGUCGUGUCCAACCCUCAAUAAACGUAGAAACUCUC